CGCGAUGCUGAGUUCGGUUGAGGAGUUCAGAGAAGCAGGGCUGCGGACGGUGGCAUCAGUGCAAAGGGGCGGAACAAGGGAAUAUUUGGCCGACUUUCAAAAGAACUGGAUUAUAAAAACUGGACGCGCUGGAUAGCAACUCAUUCAUCUCUUCGUGCACGUAGGUCUCAUCGCUGACAGCCCGUGGUGGCCUAUUUUUAGUUCCUCAUGCCGGAGAUGGCGCAACGGAGCGGGCAAGAGGACCCCGAGCGGUACCUCUUUGUGGAUCGGGCCAUGGUCUACAACCCAGCUAACCAGGCAGACUGGACGGCCAAGAAGCUGGUGUGGGUUCCUUCUGAACGGCAUGGGUUCGAGGCGGCCAGCAUCCGAGAGGAACGUGGAGAGGAGGUGCUCGUUGAGCUGGCUGAAAAUGGCAAGAAGGCCCUGGUGAACAAAGAUGACAUCCAGAAGAUGAACCCGCCCAAGUUCAGCAAAGUGGAGGAUAUGGCAGAACUCACCUGCCUGAAUGAAGCAUCUGUUUUACACAACUUGAAAGAUCGCUACUACUCUGGGCUCAUAUAUACAUACUCAGGACUCUUCUGUGUGGUCAUAAACCCAUACAAAAACCUCCCCAUAUACUCAGAGAACAUCAUCGAGAUGUACAGGGGCAAGAAGAGGCAUGAAAUGCCACCUCAUAUCUACGCCAUUUCUGAAUCUGCCUACAGAUGCAUGCUUCAAGAUCGUGAGGACCAAUCAAUUCUUUGCACAGGGGAAUCAGGUGCUGGAAAGACAGAAAAUACCAAAAAAGUCAUCCAGUACCUGGCUCACGUUGCAUCGUCUCACAAAGGAAGGAAGGACCACAACAUUCCACCAGAAUCUCCUAAAGCAGUCAAACUCCAGAACGGAAUCCUGUUUUAUGGAGAGUUAGAGCGUCAACUCCUGCAGGCAAACCCUAUUCUGGAAUCCUUUGGGAAUGCCAAGACAGUGAAAAAUGACAACUCCUCACGCUUUGGCAAGUUCAUCCGCAUCAACUUUGAUGUAACCGGUUACAUUGUGGGGGCCAACAUUGAAACCUACCUUCUUGAAAAGUCCAGGGCUAUUCGCCAAGCCAAAGAUGAACGCACCUUCCAUGUCUUCUACCAGCUGUUGGCUGGUGCUGGAGAACAUCUAAGAUCUGAUCUACUCCUGGAGGGCUUCAAUGACUACCGCUUCCUCUCCAACGGUAACAUUCCCAUUCCUGGCCAACAGGACAAGGACAAUUUCCAAGAGACCAUGGAAGCCAUGCAUAUUAUGAGCUUCUCCCAUGAUGAAAUCUUAUCAAUGCUCAAGGUGGUCUCAGCAGUCCUGCAGUUUGGCAACAUUGUGUUCAAGAAGGAGAGAAACACCGACCAGGCCUCUAUGCCAGAAAAUACAGCUGCUCAAAAGCUUUGCCACCUGCUUGGCAUUAAUGUCAUGGAGUUCACACGUGCCAUCCUGUCUCCAAGAAUCAAAGUGGGCAGAGACUAUGUACAAAAAGCCCAAACUAAAGAGCAGGCCGACUUUGCAGUGGAAGCCCUGGCCAAGGCCACAUACGAAAGGUUGUUCCGCUGGCUUGUUCACCGCAUUAAUAAAGCUCUGGACAGGACCAAGCGCCAGGGAGCUUCCUUCAUUGGCAUCCUGGACAUUGCUGGCUUUGAGAUAUUCCAGCUGAACUCAUUUGAGCAGCUCUGCAUCAACUACACCAACGAGAAGCUUCAGCAGCUGUUCAACCACACCAUGUUCAUCCUGGAGCAGGAGGAGUACCAGCGUGAAGGCAUCGAAUGGAGCUUCAUCGACUUCGGCCUCGACCUGCAGCCCUGCAUUGACCUCAUCGAGAGACCAGCAAAUCCUCCCGGUGUGUUGGCUCUGUUGGAUGAGGAGUGCUGGUUUCCAAAAGCCACUGAUAAGACCUUUGUGGACAAACUGGUGCAAGAGCAAGGCACUCAUGCCAAGUUCCAGAAACCACGGCAGCUGAAGGACAAAGCCGAUUUCAGCAUCAUUCACUAUGCUGGCAGGGUUGACUAUAAGGCAGAUGAGUGGUUGAUGAAAAACAUGGACCCUCUAAAUGACAACGUGGCCACACUCCUGCACCAGUCCACGGAUAAGUUUGUGGCUGAACUGUGGAAGGAUGAGAUUCAGAAUAUCCAAAGAGCGUCUUUUUAUGAUGUCUCUAGUCUCCAUGAAUCGCCAGGUGAAGUGGACCGUAUUGUUGGUUUGGACCAGGUGGCAGGGAUGAAUGAGACUGCAUUUGGGGCUACAUAUAAGACCAAGAAGGGCAUGUUCCGUACUGUGGGUCAGCUCUAUAAAGAGUCCCUUACAAAACUCAUGGCCACACUCAGAAACACCAACCCCAACUUUGUCCGCUGUAUCAUCCCCAAUCAUGAGAAAAGAGCUGGUAAACUGGAGCCUCAUCUGGUUCUAGAUCAGCUGAGGUGUAAUGGAGUUCUAGAAGGGAUCCGGAUCUGCAGGCAGGGAUUCCCUAACCGUAUUGUCUUCCAGGAGUUCAGACAGAGAUACGAGAUCCUCACCCCUAAUGCAAUCCCCAAAGGUUUUAUGGACGGCAAGCAGGCUUGUGAGAGAAUGAUCCGAGCCUUGGAGCUUGACCCAAACCUCUACCGGAUCGGGCAGAGUAAGAUCUUCUUCCGCACUGGAGUUUUGGCACACCUGGAGGAAGAGAGAGACCUGAAAAUAACAGAUAUCAUCAUCUACUUUCAGUCAGUCUGUCGAGGAUAUCUGGCUCGCAAAGCCUUUGCUAAAAAACAGCAGCAGCUAAGCGCUUUGAAAGUCCUGCAGAGAAACUGUGCCGCCUACCUGAAACUACGCCACUGGCAGUGGUGGAGACUCUUCACCAAGGUGAAACCCCUCCUCCAGGUGACCCGUCAGGAGGAAGAAAUGCAGGCCAAGGAUGAGGAGCUCAUUAAAGUGAAGGAGAAGCAGGUGAAAGUAGAGAACGAACUGGUGGAAAUGGAGCGGAAACACCAGCAGCUUUUGGAGGAGAAGAACAUCUUGGCAGAGCAACUGCAGGCUGAGACAGAAUUGUUUGCUGAAGCUGAAGAGAUGAGGGCUCGCCUGGUGGCUAAAAAACAAGAGCUGGAGGAGAUUCUUCAUGACCUGGAGUCCCGUGUGGAGGAGGAAGAGGAGAGGAACCAGUCUUUGCAGAAUGAGAAGAAGAAAACGCAGUCGCACAUACAGGAUCUAGAGGAACAACUAGAUGAAGAAGAGGCUGCCCGACAGAAGCUUCAGUUGGAGAAGGUGACUGCUGAAGCCAAGAUAAAAAAGAUGGAGGAAGAUAUUCUGCUGUUGGAGGACCAGAACUCCAAAUUCCUAAAGGAGAAAAAACUCCUGGAGGACCGUGUCAGUGAGAUGACCUCCCAGCUGGCUGAGGAAGAAGAGAAGGCCAAGAACCUUGGCAAAGUCAAAAACAAGCAAGAUGUGAUGAUGGUAGACCUGGAAGAGCGUCUGAAGAAAGAGGAGAAAACUAGGCAGGAGCUUGAGAAAGCCAAAAGAAAGCUGGAUGCUGAGACCACAGACCUACAGGACCAGAUAGCUGAGCUGCAGGCCCAGAUUGAGGAACUCAAGAUCCAACUGGCCAAGAAAGAAGAAGAGCUACAGGCUGUACUGGCCAGAGGUGAUGAGGAGGUCGCUCAGAAGAACAACGCUCUGAAGCAAGUGCGGGAGCUGCAGGCCCAGCUAGCUGAGCUCCAGGAGGAUCUGGAGUCUGAGAAAGCAGCCAGAAACAAAGCUGAGAAACUUAAGAGAGAUCUGAGUGAGGAACUGGAGGCUCUGAAGACUGAGCUGGAAGACACCCUGGACACCACUGCUGCCCAGCAGGAGCUGAGGACCAAACGAGAGCAGGAGGUGGCAGAGCUGAAGAAGGCCAUCGAUGAUGAGAUAAAAAACCAUGAGUCUCAGAUCCAGGAGAUGAGACAGAGGCACGGCACAUCUCUGGAGGAGAUCUCUGAGCAGCUGGAGCAGGCCAAGAGAGUGAAGUCAAAUCUGGAGAAAAACAAACAGACUCUGGAGAGUGAUAAUAAGGAGCUGACCAAUGAUGUGAAGAGUUUGCAGCAAGCCAAGUCUGAAUCUGAGCACAAGAGAAAGAAACUUGAGGCUCAGCUGCAGGAGUUCAUGGCCCGCUUCAGCGAGGGAGAGAAGGUUAAAGGAGAACUUUCAGACCGUUCCCACAAACUACAGGCGGAACUGGACAAUGUUUCUGCUCUAUUGGAAGAUGCUGAGAAGAAGGGAAUUAAGCUGGCCAAAGAUGCCUCCAGCCUAGAGAGCCAGCUUCAGGACACUCAGGAGCUGCUUCAAGAGGAGACGCGUCAGAAGCUGAACCUGAGCAGCCGUAUCCGUCAACUGGAGGAGGAGAAGAACAGCCUUCAGGAGCAGCAGGAGGAGGAAGAGGAGGCGCGAAGGAACCUGGAGAGACAACUGGCAACACUACAAUCCCAACUGGUGGAGACCAAGAAAAAGCUGGAGGAUGAUGUGGGAGCUCUUGAAGGCCUUGAGGAGGUCAAGAGGAAACUGCAGAAGGACAUGGAGGGGACCAGUCAGAAACUGGAGGAAAAGGCCAUCGCUUACGACAAGCUGGAGAAAACCAAGAACAGGCUGCAGCAGGAGCUUGAUGACCUUAUGGUGGACCUGGACCACCAGAGACAGAUCGUCUCAAACCUGGAGAAGAAACAGAAGAAGUUUGACCAGAUGCUGGCGGAGGAGAAGACCAUCUCUGCACGUUACGCUGAGGAGAGGGACCGUGCUGAGGCCGAGGCGAGAGAGAAGGAGACCAAAGCUCUGUCUAUGGCCCGAGCCCUGGAUGAAGCUCUGGAGGCUAAAGAGGAAUUUGAGAGACUCAACAAGCAGCUCAGAGCUGAGAUGGAGGAUCUGAUGAGUUCCAAGGAUGACGUAGGCAAGAAUGUGCACGAGCUGGAGAAAUCCAAGCGCACUCUGGAGCAGCAGGUAGAGGAGAUGCGCACUCAGUUGGAGGAGCUGGAGGACGAGCUACAGGCCACAGAGGAUGCCAAGCUGCGUCUGGAGGUCAACAUGCAGGCCAUGAAGGCCCAGUUUGACCGAGACCUGCAGGCCAGAGAUGAGCAGAAUGAGGAGAAGAAGAGGGCACUGGUCAAACAGAUGGAGAAGGCAAACUCCCGCAUGAAGCAGUUGAAGAGGCAGCUGGAGGAGGCUGAGGAAGAGGCGACUCGAGCGAACGCCUCCCGCAGGAAGCUGCAGAGAGAGCUGGACGAUGCCACCGAAGCUAGUGAGGGUCUGAGCCGAGAGGUCAGCACGCUCAAAAACCGCCUCAGGCGAGGAGGUUCUGUUAGCUUCUCCUCAAGCCGUUCUGGCCGCAGGCAGCUGCAGAUGGAAGGGGAGUUUUCUGACGACGACGCGGACAGCAAGGCCAGCGACCUGAACGAGAACCCGCCGGCUCAAGCGGAGUAGAGCACAGCGCCCUCCUGUGGUCACCCAGCCCCACUGCUUCCUCCAGCACCUCAUUCUUCUCCUUUAGCUAUGUGGGGUCCGCGGUACAGAAAGAGGACCAGUGAGCGAUGUGUAAACAACUACACUAACACUUCCACACACACACACACACACACGUUCAGACAUAAGAAACCCUCAAACCUCCAUUUCUAUCCCCUCCCUACCAAGGGAGCGUCAACUCUGCCUUAUUCUAAAUCCAAGAUGCUUCAAGACCGAGCCAAUUAGUGUUUCCCGCAACUGUAGCCUACAAAAUACCGCGCUCACGACAGAACACACUAUAGAAGUGCAUUUCAAAUCUCAAACUUUGCUUUGCGUACAUGAAUAUGCUCAUUCAUAAGAGCGUGCAGUGAAAGUGUUCACUCCAAUCUAGUUUAAUGAUGUAAAACCAUCAGCUAGCUAAGCAAACGUGACGGAUUGGAUCUUAGUUGUACAGUACAGUUCUCCAAAUAAACACGGUCUGCAGAUUUAGGGUCGAUAGAGAUGCAUGUGCUGCUCGUCCGCUACAAGCCAACACUAAAAGAAAAAGAAAAAAAGUCCUGUUGCACUGGACCGGAUCUGAAACGGACCAGAAAAGAAAAAACUGUGAAAAAGCUGCUCGCUUCAGCAUCUCAUUAACAUUUAAACACAUUAAAUAGUUAAAACGCAAGAAAUCCUGCGCGUUUAUCUUCAUUCAACUCUAGGCCUGUUUGAUCUUGUUUGGGAGAUUUAGCUGACGGAGGCGGUUUGUGUUUUAGGAAUUGGGAUGUAAUCACGAAUCGCCUUUAACUGCACAUUGUAAGAAAGCCAUAAAAGGCCAUUUCAACUGGAAAUAUGAAGUAUUCUGGAUGCAAAUGCACGUCAAGAUGAAGCAUACAUAUGUAAUCUCUUUAAGAUUUUUUUUCCCGUAUACGUGACAGUAUGAUGGUACUUCUCAAACCCAGCUGCUCUAUUAGAUACACUACAAGUGAAAACAAAAGGAAAGUUUAUUGGAACUUCUAGGAAGAUGUUUGAAACGGUCCAGACAUCAAUGAGAAAUCGGCACUGAAAGCAACUGGAAAUAUUGAACAGGUUAUUUCACAGGCACUUUGGUGGCGAGUAUAGCUGUGGACGGGAUGCUUUGAACACUAGUAGUAUUAAGAGCAUGAACGGAAAGCGUACUAACCUGUUCCACUGUUAGCAUUUAAUGACGUGUUUCUUAAAGUGCCUUAGACACUAAUUAGAAAGCAUCCAUGGAAGUAUGUCUUGUAUCAGUAAUGAAGAAACGCUAAUAUGAAGGCAAAACUGGCUGAAGGCAAUUGAAAUAAAAUGCUAUGUAACCCGUUUUUGUUUUGCUAAGAAUCAUAUCCAGUAUAUAGGUCUCGUAUCCCUCGUAUUCUGAUGAAGAUCUGAGGGAAAUCAGUGUUAAUGUUGGUUUGAUAUAAAGAAGCCUCUGCCUCUGGCGGCGAGGAGCAAGCGUGAUUUCAUUUGGUUUAAAGCUUUAUCAUCCAUGAUCUAGUUACUAUUAUUGCAGUUAUCAUUAUUAUUGCUAUAUCACUUCUAUUAUUGGACUGGCUGUUGACAACCAGGCGCUCAACUGCAAAUGGCUCUCCUCUUGUUUUUCUCUUGUAUACUGUAACUAUUUCUAGAUGACAGUGAGUUUUGUAAAGGAAAAAAUAAAACAUUCAUUGUAGAAGAA